AUGCGGCACGAUGUACACAGCGUAGUAGAGUUCAACAUGCUCUUUAGCUGCUUCGGCGCCACCGCUCAGAACGCGUUUCUCGUAACCAAAGCCAAGAAGCUGCGCGCCGCUGCAGAUCAAGCCGCGGCGGACCUGAAAACCGCGCAAGCGGACGCCGCCAAAAAUGCGGAGGAAAUAGCCGCCGCCGAACAGGCGCUAUCCGAUCUGCAGAGCCCGGAAGACGCGGCUCUCAACGACCUCGUUACAAGCGUCUCCAACACAAACAGCAGCGUCGCCGAUGCGCAGUACGACUUCGACAUUGCAAACAAGGUUCUUGCUCUUCGGAUCGCGGAUCUCGCGGCGUUCAAAGCCGAACCGUCAAAGCACCCGCAAAUCCCGGCGGCGCAGAAGGCGGUCAGCGACGCUACUCGGCGCGCGAAAAUGGCGUCAACGCUGCUACAGGAGUGGCAGCUGGUCGUGCAAGAGGCAGUGCAAGCGGAAGCUGACGCGGAAAAGGCCCUAAAGGACAACCCGACCUCGCCCGCGGCGGAGGCGGCCCUCACGGGAGCGCAGGAGCUGCGCAAAUCUGUGGAAGAGGUGCUCCCGGAUAUGGUGGCGCAAGAUCAGCGUGCGCAGGCGCGGCUGGAACGCAUGCAGAAGGAACUGGACGACCUGGUUAUGCUGGGUCCGCAAGGAGAGAGUGUUUUCCAAAUGGCUGUGGACGAUGCAAGAGCUGCGGUUAGUGUCGCCCGCCAGGUGUACAACGAUUUGCUUGCUGCUGUCGCAGACGCGCAAAAGGCUGUUGACGAGUACCAGGCGAACAAGCAAAAGGCGGUUACUGAAGCGAAGUCGCGCUUGGCGAAGGCGAAGCAGAGCCAGGCUACGGCUGACAGGAAGGUGACUCAGCUCACGGAUAAGCUCAAGGCUGCGAUGGCACAGGCUGACAACGCAGAAAAGGCUGUUGGGAUCAACAAGAUCGCCUAA